AGAGAGAGAGAGAGAGAGAGAGAUGGAUGGAUGACUUGGCAAAAGAGAGAGAGAGAGAGAGAGAGAAAGAGAGAGAGAGAUAAUAAACGAGAGAAAAUAAAAGGAAGAACCAACGAAAAAAAAAAAACGUCGGCCUGAAGUAAGAAGAGAGAGGAACGAGAGCGAGAGACGCGGAGAGGAAGAGAAGAAGAACGACGGACCAAAGGCCCGAAGAGACGAGAAAGAGCGAGAGAGAGAGAUAGAGAGAGAAGAACUUGAAGUGAAGAACUUGUGGUAACGAAAGAACGAGAGAAAAAGAGAGACUCAGAGAGAGAGAGAGAGAGAGAGCGUGAUCUUGUUAACGUGUUAGCGUGUGGACACUGUAGCAGGUGUGUGUGUGUGUGUGUGUGUGUGUGUGUGUGUGUGAGAGAGAUAACAUUAGCGGCUGUGUGGUAUCUCUGCUCUGAGUCACCGCUCAGUGUUCACUCAGGGAAGUUUAGCGAAUAGCCAAGGUGCUAACGUUAGCAGGUGUUGAAUCUGAUAGCCUAUUAGCACAGUGUGUGAGAAUUCAUUGUGUGUGUGUGUGAGAGAGAGAGAGAGAGAGAAAGGAAAGAGAGAGAGAGAAAGGAAAGAGAGAGAGAGAGAGAAAGGAAAGAGACGUGUUUGUCAGAGGACCAUUUUGUGUAAAAGUCUUUGUAGCGGUUGAUGCUAGUGUUUCGGCUCACUGUGACUCUGAGGUAACUCGUGUACAGGUAAGGAAAGGUUACUAAAGGUCAGUUUGGUCAGGUUUGGUUUGAUUAGAAGUCAGGUUUAGGAGUUAGAGUUGAUUUUAUAGUUCAGUUCUCAAAGCUAUUUAAGGCUUGAAUUUACAUUUUUACCGCUUACUUUCAGAUCAGAUUAUUUUCAGAUCUUACAUUAGUUAUUUUUUUUAAUGUGAUUUGGGAAUUUUUACAGUCUGUAUUUGGAGAUGAGACUUUUUUAAGAGCUUAUUUAGAAGGAAUUUUGAUUUUUGAGAAGUAAUUUUGAAUAUUUGUAAGUUUUCAGAAGUUACUUUAAAUUUGGUGAUUUUUUAAAAAAAUUGUAUUUAUUUUUUUAUUUAUUUUGAAGUGAUUUGGAAUCUGGGAUGUUAUUUGAUUAUUAAGUUAUUAAAAAGGUUAUUUUUUAUAGAUUAUUAAGAGGUUAUUAGGAAGUUAUUAGAAGGUUAUUAGGAAGUUAUUAGGAGGUUAUUAGAAGGUUAUUAGGAAGUUAUUAGGAAGUUAUUAGAAGGUUAUUAGACGGUUAUUAGGAGGUUAUUAGGACAUUGUUAAAAUGGAGCUGUGGAGGCAGUGUGCGUCGUGGCUGAUUCAGUGCCGAGUUCUUCCUGAGAACCACAGAGUGACCUGGGACAGCGCACAGGUGUGUGAGUUAGCCCAGGCGCUCAGAGAUGGAGUUCUUCUGUGUCACCUGCUGAACAAUCUCAGCCCUCAAUCGGUCAACCUGCGGGAGAUCAACCUGCGUCCUCAGAUGUCUCAGUUCCUGUGUCUAAAGAACAUCAGGACAUUUCUAACUGCGUGUCACGAGCGGUUUGGAAUGAAGAAGAGUGAACUGUUUGAGGCCUUCGACCUUUUUGAUGUCAGAGAUUUUGCCAAGGUGAUUGGAACGUUGUCCAUCCUCUCUCAGACGCCCAUAGCUCUUCAGACAGGCUUCAGGCCGUUUCCUAGUGAAGUGUGUGUUGGAGAUGACGACAUCUACAACGGCCUCUCUGACCAGAUGGAUGAUACGGUGGAUGAGGAUGAUGAUCUGUAUGACUGUGUGGAGGAUGAAGAGAACGAGGGAGACGACAUUUAUGAAGACCUGAUGAGAACAGAGGAAACACCAGAGACACAACAGAAAUUUGAAGUGGACAAGAGAAGCUGCUGCCUUCAGGAGAUCAGUCAGACUGAGGAGAAAUACACACAGACUCUGGAGUCUAUACAACAGCACUUUAUGAGGCCACUGCAGGCUUUCCUUGGGCCAGCUGACAUAGAGAACAUCUUCAUGAAUGUAGAGGAAUUAGCUGAUACUCACCGUCGUCUGCUGAGAGAGGUCCAGACAUCGAUAUCCUCUUACGGAGCAGAGAAUCUUCAUCAGGUCUUCAUCGAUUACAAAGAGAAGUUGUUGCUGUACGGCCGAUACUGCAGUCAGGUCGAGUCAGCGACUAAACAACUGGACAAAAUCGCCAGCACGAGAGAAGACGUCCGGAUGAAGCUGGAGGAGUGUUCGAUGAGGGCGAACAGUGGGCGCUUCUCUCUCAGAGACCUGCUGAUGGUGCCCAUGCAGAGAGUGUUAAAGUAUCACUUGCUGCUGCAGGAACUUGUGAAGCACACGGUGAAUCCCACUGAUAAGGAGAACUUACGCACUGCACUAGAUGCCAUGAGGGAUCUUGCUCAGUGUGUGAACGAGGUGAAGAGGGAUAACGAGAUCAUUCGUCAGAUCACAGCAUUUCAGCUCUGUAUCGAGAACAUGACUCAGUCCCUUGCACUUUUUGGUCGCCCGAAGAUCGAUGGAGAGCUGAAGAUCUGCAGCCCUGACAAGAAAUCCAAACAAGACAGGUAUGCGUUUCUCUUUGAUAAAGCCCUACUGGUGUGUAAGAAGCGCAGUGGGGAGAGCAUGGAGCUGAAAGAGCUUAUCGACCUGCAGCACUUCCAACUGAGAGACGAACCAACUGGAGACAAAGAAAACAAAAAGUGGACACAUACCUUCUUGCUGAUGGAUUCAUAUGGCCAGGGUGGUUAUGAUCUGUACUUCAAGACACGUGAGCUGAAGAAGAAAUGGCUAGAACAGUUCGAGAUGGCUCUGUCCAACAUGUGUCCGGAGAACAGCACGGCGAACGGCCACGACUUCCAAAUGUACUGUUUUGAGGACACCACUUCCUGUAAAGCCUGUCAGAUGUUGCUCAGAGGGAUCUUCUACCAGGGUUACCGCUGCACCCGCUGUAAAAUGGCCGCCCAUAAGGAGUGUCUCGGACGAGUUCCUGUGUGUGGACGCAAUGCAGAAAAUUCUGUGACUGUGAAAAAGAGCAAGUCGAGAUCUGCCACUCAGAGACAGGCCAAACCAGGUCUUCCUAAGAUGGAGGUGUGUCAUGAUUACUAUGGCGUGCCCCCGCCCCCUGUGGCUUUCGGCCAACCGCUGCAUCUCACUGCGGGUGAUGUCGUAGAGCUCACGCGCGCCGACGUCGACUUGCAGUGGUGGGAGGGCAGGAAUCUGACAGUCGGAGAGGUCGGCUGGUUCCCCUGCAGUAAAGUUCAACCCUUCUUACCCAGAUCACCUCCUGACCUCACAGGAUUCCUCUGGUUUGCAGGUAACAUGGACCGUUCUGAGGCCAAGAGUCUCCUGAUGUCUCGAUCUGAUGGUACAUUCCUUAUUAGGCAAAAGGAUGGAGGAGAGUUCGCCAUCAGCAUCAAGUUUAAUAUGGACAUCCGCCACAUUAAGAUCACUCUGGCUGAAGGUCUCUACAGAAUCAAUGACAAGAAAGCCUUUAAAGGGCUCAUCGAAUUGGUUCAGUAUUAUCAGGAGAAUUCUCUGAAGGAGUGUUUUAAAGACGUGGACACUCGUCUGCUGAUUCCAUACAAGCAUCCAGAGCAGAGUGUGUCCUCACACUCACACGCAUACACACACACGCCUACCAGAGGUAUGAGUGAGCGAUAUUUCGGCACGGCUAAAGUGCGCUACGAUUUCUCAGCACGGGAUCGGACCGAGCUGUCUCUCAGAGAGGGGGACACGGUGAAGAUCAUCUCCAAGAAAGCGCACAACGGCUGGUGGAAAGGAGAGGUCUACGGCCGGGUUGGAUUGUUUCCUGCAAACUAUGUAGAGGAGGAGCAUUCGGACUACUGCUGAUUCACGGAGUCAUUUGCACACUGAGUGACUCUUUAAUCUCUAAAGCCAACUUAGUGAUGUACUGAAUCAUUUAGAUACUGAGAAAUCUGUAAUUGUGACACAAGACUAAAGACGUAAAUAAUCGAGUCAUUGAGUGACUCUUCAAAUUUAUCUUUUUGAAUAAGAUUCACUGAAUCGUUUAGACACUAAAUGAUUCUUUGAAGGUGUGUGUGUGUGUUUGUUUUUUAACUACACUUGAAAGCUAUUGCUAAUUCAUUGAUUCACAGACUUUUUUUUUUCCGGACUCCUACUGAUUCUCUGAUUCAUUUACAUAUCGAAUGACUCUGAAUCUCUUGUAUUUGACUCCAUAUGAAGAAGAGUAUCAAUUCACUGAUUCAUUUACACCAUGACUCUUUGAAUCUCUUGUUUCUGACUUCAUUUUUAAAGACCCUCUGAACUUCUGGUUUCCAUGUCCACUUUAAACCUUGCGACAGUUUUAAUGCGAUUUUAUUGGUUGAAUGUUUAUUUUUUUGCUUUUAUUUUUUUAAUAUCCAACGAAGACUUAAUAGUUAAUAUGAAAUUGUAUUAUAGUAAAGCUUAUUUUAGUUUCUGA